AAAGAAAAUGGGCGUUGCUUAUGUCAUUCACGAGUAAAAUGAUAAGAAGGACAAGCAAGAGACAAGAUUUUGACGGCUAACGUCAUACAGAAAGCUGUCUUGCUUCGGAUCUAAGUGUGUGUGUUUCUGUCUAUAGGGACUCCAGCUGAAAGACGAACCGACGCCGAAUCUUUUGGAUAUAAAAAGACCUAUACAUGGACUUGUCAUGAAAAGACCAGAAACUGAUUUAUCGUAAGGCCUCUGGCAUUCUCUCCAUCUUCCUUUCAUUCUUUCUUUUAAAACCCAGCAUAAUGAUGCGUAAGUACAGUUCAGUGGGUGCAUUGUUGGAGCUGGACUACUUGCCCUGGGGACAGGUGGAUAGAGAUAGGACCCUGGGCACUUCGGAUGAUGAUGAUGAUGAUACGGUUGGGGCCUCAGCAUCCUAUCCUUGCACCCCAGAUGCAAUGUCGGGAGGUGAUGGAAAGGGGGGGCUUAACAGAGAUCACAGCAUUAGUGUGGAAAACCUGGUCGGCUUGGAGAAAGAAUCUGGUUUACUGGGGGUUACGAACCUGAAUGAUAGCUUUAAAGCUUACAGUGACAGCCAGCUAGCUCCUAAUGCCAAAGGCAGCUUUGGGAGUAUGGGAAAGUGUGAUACCAUACACUCUUCGUCAUCCUCACUGAAGUCUAACCAUAUGUCCAACUCCCCAAAACCUCAUUAUCACCGACAGCAAGCUCGGGCCAAACUGGCUGCUGCUAAAAUACACCUUAAAAGUUUGUUUGGACAGGGUUCACCGAACUCCUCGCAUUCAAAUUUGACAAGUGCAGAGCAGAGAGACAACAUAACCAGUGCUAAAGAGAGGCGGUCCCGAAAGCCUUUCCUCAGGCAGUGGAGUCAGGUGGGCCACGCCAAAGCUCAACUCAGCAGGAAGGAGAUGGAAAAUUGGGCCAACUCCCUUGAUGCUUUGCUGGACAGUAGAGUGGGAGUCACAGUCUUUGAAGCGUUCCUGCGAUCCGAGUUCAGUGAUGAAAACCUGCAGUUCUACUUGGCCUGUGAGCAGUACAGGCAGUCGUCCAACAAAUUCAGCCUGCAUAGGAGGGCAAAAAUGAUUUCUGAGACUUACAUCCAGCCAGGUGCUCCCAGAGAGGUGAAUCUGGACAGUAAGACGAGAGAACUGACCAUAGAGCUCCUCAAAGCCCCCUCUCACAAUUCCCUCUCACAUGCCCAAAAGCGUGUGAAAUCCCUCCUGGAUAUGGACUGUUACCCUCGUUUCCUCCAGUCGGAGAUCUACUUCCAACUACUGAAGGAUUCGUACUAGAACAAGAUUGGACGGAGUGUCCAAUAAGAGCGAGGUUGUCCUAAAACUGUACAGACAUCAUGCCUGGACUGUAUGACAGGAGACAGCAAACACUUUUGAUGAAAACAAUAAUCGUAACUACUGAGGACCGUUUCAGUUAGAUAAAAAGGGAUGAUGCGAUUGUCUUGAACUUGAAUGCGUCUAAAAGGUAUUGCUAUGGGGAUUGAGGUGCUAACAUUUUACAAGUUUGAUUUGGGCUUUUCUCAGUAGCUAGACUGAAAACAUUACAGGCAGAUAAAGACGACUAAAUGGCGUGUUGACAGGCAACAAAGGGAAAACACGUCUGGCAAGAAUGGGCUGUUCAGUGAAAGGCCCAAGCACUCAUUGGGUGACAUCAGGGUCAAACCAUUUUCUGACUCAAGACUUAUUUCUAAAGUUAAAUGAAUAUGUAAACAAAACAUCGAGAUCCCACUGACAAAAUUAAAAAAGGGAGUUAUCUAAAUAAGCAAUAUGAACACAUUUACUUCUUUGUACACAAAAAAACUUCUUUUUAGUCUUUACAGAUGGCCAGUUCUUUAUUGGUAAAAUAUUUUAAACCUUGUGCAUUAGCAUAGUGGUGUAGUGGUUACAGAUUUCACAUUUCAGCUGUACACAUUCAUUCAUUUGAAGAAAAUGUGACAAAGAAAUGGAAAUCAAAAGUCUGCCACUAAGUUUGGCCCAAUGAUUUGAGUUUUUUUUUUUCUUAAAUCAAGUAGUGUGAACUUUGUUUGUUUUGUUGUUAACUGUAGAAUUUGUGAAUGUGAAUUGAAUGUCACACAUACUGAAGUUGUGAAAUGUGGCCUGUUGACAGGUUUAAAAUGUGGAACCUGCUUAAACAGGAAUGGACGCCAGCACUUAAACCAUUCCAGUAAGCACUCACACAUUUGUAAGGCUUCAAGGAAAUUAUCCGAGAAGCACUAUAGUCUUAUUACUGUGCACCAACACCAAAUACACAUUCAAAAUCACCUCAUAAAAAUGUCCACUUGAACAUCCAAGAGGGAACUUUUUUUGAAAUGGAUAUUCCAGCUGAA